AUGUGUCACAUACAAUUUAUAUUUAUUGUUUAUUUUUUAACUCAAGUUCGCAUAUUAACUGAACAAACAACUUUUAAUUCAUUUGUGACAAAUAAUAGAAAAUUAAAGUAUAAUGAAGUAUUUUUAAAUCAAUAUCAGCCUCUUAUUUUAAGUUCUUCAAGAAACAAUAGAAAUGUUCAAGUUACGGAAAGAGAUCGAUACAACAUUUUAAAUGAUUUUGAAUCACAAGAUACCAACAUUUUAUCGGAUCCAAAUAUUUAUAAAAACAGCCUUUUUGUAUCAGAUUAUGAUAAAUGUAAAAAAAAAGGAAAGAAUUUAAGAUUAAUCAUCGUGAUUUUGUCACAUCCUCUUAAUUAUUAUGCUAGAAAAUCUAUUAGAGAAACAUGGGGUCAGUUUCGACAAUACAAAGAAAUUCAAAUCCUUUUUUUCUUAGGUAUACGGACAGAUUUUUGGUUACAAAAACAAGUUUCAAAGGAGAUCAAGGUUUAUAAUGAUAUUAUACAAAGGUAUCUUCACGAUACAGAUGCAAACUUAAGUUAUAAAACUAAUUUUGCAUUGCAAUGGAUAAACGAGUAUUGUUCAGAAGCUAAAUUUAUGUUAAAAGUACACGAUAAUGUUUUUUUAAAUGUGCCACAGCUAAUGAUAUUUGUGAAAACUCAUAUGAAAUGUAAUAAUACUAUUUUUGCAAAAUUUUCACAAAAUAUUCCAUAUCUUUUUUGGAGCAAACAAAAUAAUUUAAAUUAUUUUGCAUCACAAUAUAAAAUGCCCCUCUUACCAGUUUUGGUUGGGGACACAUAUUUGCUGACUAAUGACACCGUAAAAAAAUUAUUUAAGAAAGCUUUGGAAAAGAAAGCAGCUAGAAUAAAUGAUAUUGUUAUGACUAGUAUUAUAGCCGAAGAUCUUAAAAUUAAUCGCAGAAAUAUUGAUAAAUUUCUUUGUCAGCAUGAAAAAAUUGAUCCUUGUAAUUUACACGAAUGUAUUGUUUUGCAAAACGUUGAAUCUAACGAACAGCAUAAUUUAUGGAAAAUAUUGUUUGCUUGUGAUCACCAUUGUCCUCAAUAUCAUUGCUAUCAAUCAUUAGCAAAACUUGUGCUACCAAAUACUUAUAUCUUAUUUAUUUUAAUUGAAAAUUAA